GGCAGCAUUUCUUUGGCGUAGAAAGCGAGAAGACAAUGGCGACUGUGGAGCUGAGCAGCAGCUAUGGAUUUGUGGUGUUGAUCGUUGUGGCAAAGUUUGUUCUCAACGUGUGGAUGAUGUUGCAGGUCGGCAAGGCACGGAAGCGCUACAAGGUGCCUUACCCAACUCUGUAUGCUCUUGAGAGCGAGAACAAGGAGGCCAAGCUGUUCAAUUGUGUCCAGAGGGGUCACCAAAACACUCUGGAACUCAUGCCACUCUUUCUCACUCUGCUCCUCCUUGGAGGUCUUAAGUACCCGAUUGUGGCAGCACUGUUUGGAGCUUUGUACAUUGUGACUCGCUACUUUUAUUUCACGGGCUACUCUACCGGCAUUCCAGACAACAGGCUAUCCAUUGGGAAGUUUUCUUUCAUUGGCCUGCUGGGACUUCUAGUGUGCACCUUUUUGUUUGGUAUAGGAUUACUCUUUUAGAAGUUUUUGCUCGCAAAAUACAUGGAGUGUUUUGAUCGUUCUCAAAUUAUAAAUGAAAAUAUAAAGGAAAUAUAACUACUAA